AUGAAAAACCUCUUUGGCCGUAAAGUGGCCAUUGACGCAUCCAUGUGUUUGUAUCAAUAUCUUAUCGCAGUGAGACAGCUGGACGGUCAACAAUUGACCAAUGAAGAUGGCGAAACAACGUCCCAUUUGCUGGGUAUGUUCUAUAGAACAAUCCGCAUGGUGGAAAACGGAUUGAAGCCGUUGUACGUCUUUGACGGAAAACCACCGGUGUUGAAGGGAGGCGAGCUUGAGAAGCGUUUGCUUAAGAGAGAGGCUGCCAAUAAACAGAUGGAGGAAUUGAAGGAGACUGGAACGGUAGAGGAGCUUAUGAAGUUCGAGAAAAGAACCGUGCGUGCAUCGAAAGAACAAAAUGCAGAGGCCAAAGAGCUUCUCACGCUCAUGGGUAUUCCAUACGUCGACGCUCCUUCUGAAGCCGAGGCUCAAUGCGCGGAGUUGGCCCGUAGUGGUAAGGUUUUUGCAGCUGCUUCUGAGGAUAUGGACACUCUAUGUUAUGAGCCUAAAUUCUUGUUGCGUCACUUGACAGUCGCAGAGGCCAGAAAGCUUCCGAUUGACCAGAUAGAGUAUAGUGAGGUUUUGAAGGGCCUCAACAUGGACCGCCUGACCUUUGUGGAUAUGUGUAUAUUAUUAGGUUGUGACUACUGUGAGACCAUUAAGGGUGUUGGUCCAGUUACCGCUUUUAAGCUUAUCAAAGAGCACGGUUCUUUAGACAAAAUCGUGGAGUGGAUCGAGAAGAAUCCUGAAAAGACCAAGUACAAGCUUCCUGAAAACUGGCCUUACAAAGAAGCGAAAGAAUUGUUCAUGAACCCUGAGAUAACAAAAGCCGAUGAUCUUGAUUUCAAAUGGUCUGAGCCUAACACAGAAGGUCUCGUAGAUUUCAUGGUCAAGCAAAAGGGCUUCAAUGAGGAAAGAAUACGAAGCGGUGCUGACAAACUCAAGAAAGGUCUUAAAGGCGGUGUUCAAGGUCGUCUAGAUGGAUUCUUUACGGUUGUUAAACUGACGCCAGCAAAGAGAAAGGCUGAUGAAAAAGACAAGAAGGGCGGCAAGAAAAGAGGUAAAAAAUGA